UAUUACCUGAUGCAGAAUGAAACCAGAAUUUUCCUAUUUUCAACUUCUUUUAAUCAUUGUUUAUUUGAAAUAUGUUAAAUUAGUACCUGACGAAUACUGCCUCUCCCCCUUAAACCGGAGCGACUGCGGGACACCCCCGACCCCCGUCUUCUCAUACUUCAAGUACGGCUCCAGGUGCGAGAUCGAGACCUGGCGCGGCUGUCCCACUGAUAAUAUGUUCGAAAACGAGUACCACUGCGCGCACUACUGUUUAGGGAAGACGAAGUACUAUGGACGGGAAAGAGGUUCCUGGAAAGGAAAAGUCGGAAUUUCCCUAGAAAAGUUGAGUUUUGUCGAACUAGAAGAAGUAAAUCGCAUUGUGGACAAAAUUGAUACCACAAUCGAAUCAAAAGAAAUGUUAUUACAUCAUAAGAAAGAUAGGAAACGACCCAAGAAAUUAAAUAAAGCUACAGAUAAAGCCGAUGAAGAUUCAGAUGAAAGUGAUGAAACAACAGUUGAAGCCAGUGAAAAAGAUAUGGAUGAAACAGGAGAAGAAUAUGAUGAGCUUGUCGACACAACACUGAUAUAUUUGACACAAGAACCUGUUACAGGCACUCAUAAAAUGAAAGGAGAAAUUCUAAGGUUUAAACGAAAUAUUAAUAAAAAAAUCAACCAAACCACUUUCUUUAACAUCAAGAAAGAAAAAUAA